CUUCCCAUGGUUCAAUGAGCGCCGUGUGGCCCCACCCCGUCUCUCCUCGGCGCUGCCGCCUGUCUCCUCAAUGUGAGCUCCUAUUCUCGGAGCGAGCGAGAGAGGGAGAAAAUAAUAACCUCCAAGAAUUGGUUAUUCCUGUCUGUCACCUUCCACGAGCAGCGGCCAGGAGGGGAGCGGCCUACGCGCCGGGAAUGUGCUGCUACAACCAGCCCGUGGCCUGUUUUCUGUGAAUGUGAAUUGCACAUGUAGCCUCCACCUCGGACCCGAGAGGAAUAUGUAUGUUCGCAUGGGAGCGUGCACACACUCACAGGCCGUGCGCCACAGAGGCUGAAGCCUGACAGCGGCCGGGGCUUUUCUUUUAUUUGUCACCUGCAAGAAACGUGGAUACAUUUCGGGGGAUUUUUUCUGUGUGUCUCAUCUCGAGUCACGUUUUAAUUUCUUCUUCCUCCUUUUUUAGGUGGUUGUGUUUUUCUUCCACUCGAGGAGGAUCGCCGGAGCCCAUUUUCACAGAAGUGUGCGGGUGCGCAGUUUGUGGAGGCUCGCUGGAGAUGUGAGGGGCUGAUAACACAUUUCAGCAACAAAAGAGAGCGCGAGGGAGGGAUAGAGAAGGAGAGUGAGAGAGAGAGAGAGAGAGGGAGAGCGAGCGAGUGAGCGAGAGAGAGAGAGAGAGAGAGAGAAGGCCCCGUGGAGGAGAAAACACACCAAGCAGCCAUCACGAAUAACAAGGAGGAUCAAUCAGGGGAGAUAUCGGAUCCCAGGGCGCCCGAGGAAACCGUGCGAGUCCCGGAGCUGCCUGUGGUCGACUCGGUGCAGAGAACGAGAAGGAGCCGGAUGGCGACGGAAGCAGCGAGGACGCCUCACAUGUAGCUCGGCUUUGGGUGUAAAUAUCCUCUCUGCCUCCCCUCCUCCUGUCCUGCAAGGCCUCCCACCGCGGAGAAGACCCGCCAGCAGCGAGCACACGGCACACACACGCACCUCUGGAAAUGUUUGUCACGGGAGGAGACAUGGAAACGAGCCGCGCCGCAGCACGGGCGAGCCUUUCGGACACGCCGAGCGGGGCUCCCCGUCGCGGGCAGCAGUGAGACGCAAGACCCGGGCUUUUUUUUUUUCUCCCGGAGAUGCACAUUGGGCUGUUUCUGCUGCCUCCGUGCGAGGAGAAGCCCCGUUUUUUCUUGCGGUGCUGUGGAUUAUAGUUGUUAACGUUACGCAGAGGGGAGAGUGAGAGCGUGUGUGUGUCUGAGAGAGAGAGAGAGUGUGUGUGUGUGUGGUUGGGGAAACUGAAGCUAAACUACAGUGCAUGUGAAUGAGGAUUCAGCAAACGGAGAAGGCGGCCUCGGUGUCGUCAGCAACAGGAUCCUGCGCCUCCUCUGACAGCAGAGAGACGCGUUAUGGACUCGUAGUUCCACCCCGUGCUGCGCUGCGCUGUCCCCGGAGCAGGCCGGUGUGAAUGUAGGUGACAUUGCUGCCAAACCCACGGGUCAAACGCGGGAUCUCGGACUAGUUUAUCUAUUUAUUUUUUCACUCAGCAUAUAUCCCCCCCCCCUCCCCACCCAGCCCCGUCUCCUCCCCACCUCCACCACUACUUCUGCUGGUUCUUCCUCCUCCACCACCACCUCCUCCUCCUUCCCUGGACCCCCCCACACCCCCUUCCCCCCCUUUUUGAAGAUGGGUUGUUUGGGCAACAGCAAGACCGAAGACCAGAGAAAUGAGGAGAAGGCACAACGAGAAGCGAACAAAAAGAUAGAGAAGCAGCUCCAAAAGGACAAGCAGAUCUACAGAGCCACACACAGACUGCUACUGCUGGGAGCUGGAGAGUCAGGAAAGAGCACCAUAGUGAAACAGAUGAGGAUCCUUCAUGUCAACGGCUUCAAUGCAGAAGAGAAAAAGCAGAAAAUUCAGGACAUCAAGAAUAAUAUUAAAGAGGCCAUAGAGACCAUAGUAACAGCUAUGAGCAACCUGACGCCUCCUGUGCAGGUGGCCUGUCCAGAGAACCGGUACCGGAUCGAAUACAUCCUCAAUCUCGUCAACCAGAAGGACUUUGAGUUUCCAUCUGAGUUUUACGAUCAUGCCAAGACACUGUGGCAGGAUGAGGGGGUCAGGGCCUGCUUUGAGAGAUCCAACGAGUACCAGCUAAUCGACUGUGCACAGUACUUUCUAGAGAAGAUUGACAUUGUGAAGCAGCACGACUACACUCCAACAGAUCAGGAUUUGCUGCGUUGCAGAGUUCUGACUUCAGGGAUCUUUGAGACAAGAUUCCAAGUUGACAAAGUUAAUUUCCAUAUGUUCGAUGUCGGGGGUCAAAGAGACGAACGCCGGAAAUGGAUUCAAUGCUUUAACGAUGUAACAGCCAUCAUCUUCGUGGUGGCAAGUAGCAGUUACAACAUGGUGAUCAGAGAAGACAAUCAGACCAACCGAUUACAGGAGGCACUCAACCUCUUCAAGAACAUCUGGAACAACAGGUGGCUGCGGACCAUUUCUGUAAUCUUGUUCCUAAAUAAACAGGACCUGCUGGCAGAGAAGGUGCUGGCAGGGAAGUCCAAAAUCGAGGAAUACUUUCCUGAGUUUGCUCGCUACACCACACCUGACGACGCGACACCAGAGCCGGGAGAAGAUCCACGUGUUACAAGGGCAAAGUACUUCAUAAGAGAUGAAUUCCUGAGGAUCAGCACAGCGAGCGGGGACGGGCGGCACUACUGUUAUCCUCACUUCACCUGCGCCGUCGACACAGAAAACAUCCGCCGCGUCUUCAACGACUGUCGAGACAUCAUCCAGCGGAUGCACCUGCGGCAGUACGAGCUCUUGUGAUGGGAGAGGAAAAGGGUUCGACCAGAAACAAACAAAAAAAACCCUGAGUCUCUGAACUCUCCUCUUCCAUAGAAGUGUGUGAGCUCUUGUGAAGGAACAGGGGCCAAACACACCCACAUAAACAUACACAUAUUUACACACAAACACACCCUGAACACAGAACUUCUCCUUAUGAAAACUCCCAACCUGCAAUAGACGGAGUUAUUUGAUGAAGGGGUUUGAGGGGCUGAAGCAUAAAGGAACUUGGAUGUCCACGUUCAGCCACACUCCCAGCUCCUAUCCUCUCGACAUCCUGUAUCACCCCUGUUACCUUCACCUGUCCAAACACCCUGACUGGCCCAGUCUGGAUUGUAUCUCCUGCAGUGAGGAGAGUUUGAGCUGCAGUUGAGGCUGUACUUCGAGCCGGCAUGAAAACUGAGAAAGCUUCUGCUUCAGUGCGACUGGGAAAGAGAAAACUGUUGGAAUGACUACAAAAAUGGACAAUUAACAUGUCACAAAAGAUCAGUUGAACACUGUAUCUAACAGAAAACACAAGCACUGUGCUCUUGACUUGACCGUGUACAACAAUCGUUCCUAUCCAUGAAUUCAACCACAGGAUCUGCUUGCACACAGAAACUCAUCGCAUUUGCUUUUAUCGGAAUGCACAAUCGGCGUGAAUCUGGAAACGUACUGAUCCCUGCUGACGAGCGGCAGGCUCCCUGACCUGCUGGCGUAUUGUUCCAGCACAGUGCUUUGAAAUGAAACUGAACGAGUGACCGACUGCAGCAGUACCACAGACUACACGGACCAGGGGUGUGUUGUGAUCAGUCAGGCUGCAGGAGGCACAAGGGACAGACGGCCGACUCCAAUGUGAAUUACUUUGAUGGAGGUUCGGACACGGUCGAGGGCGAUGGCGGUCCCUCGACUUCUCCACAGCAUUGUUUAGCCACCUGACUCUGCCUUGUUGCUAGUGGAGCAAAACGUGAGGAGGAUGUAUUGAGUUGAAAACAAAAAAGAAAAAAUAACCAUCUUUUGUGGAACUUGACAAACGGAGGGCGAAAAUCAUCCUUCGACCGUACAAUACCAUAUAAGUUAAAAAGAACUCUCAUCUCGUCAUGAUUGACCCUGUUUUACUGUCUCCACAGCUGUUUUUGUCUGUGUAGACUGUUGUGCCAUUGUGCCCUGUGCGCUCUUUCUUUCUCUCUAAGCUUUCUGUCUCAGUCAUUCUCUCCUUCUUUUCCCCUCUGAGGACUUCACUCUCCUCCCCAUUUUCACAUCUUUCCCGACUCCCUCCUCCUCCCCUCCUUUUCACCUCUCUUUUCAGUGCUCUUUUUGUUUUAUGACAAAAUAAAAUAUAAUAAUCCUGGAGUAUAAAAAACAAGAUGAAAACAACAACAAUGGGACACUGUUUGAUUUUGUACAACAAUGUGCUCGCACCUCCCUGCCAUUCAUCCAUCUUUCCUCCCCGACCGCUUGCUCCUUUGUACGUCUGUCUUUACUUUACUGCUGAACUAUUAUUCUUGUACAGACUGUAAAAUGUAUUAUUUUGUACAACUUUAUUGAAAAAAAUUACUUUUAGAAGAUCCCUGUGCCUUGAUCACGACUGUACGUGUGUAAUGAGCUAAAGUGGGUGUCAUACUGCGCUGUAUAGCUUGGCCAAUCCCCCUUCUAACUCCCUGCCUCCUUCGUCCCCUCCUUUUCUCUCUCUUUCUUUAUCCCACUCUCUCUAUCUCUCCCCCAUGUCCUCCGUCACCCUCUCCUCUGGGACGGAGGACCACCAUUCGUAGCUUUUGUAGUUUUAUUUCUCUUCCCCUAUCCUCCCAUUCUCUUUAUGAUUUAAAUGUCUAUUUUUGGAUCCAUAUACCCCAAAAAGAUAAAUAUAUGAAAUGUAUAUGGGUUUUAAAAAAAAAAAAAGUAUUUUAUUAGAAUCAAAUGAACCUUGACAAAUUGUACACUUGAUAGUGUGCGUAUUGCUAUAACUUAAAUCCUUUCAACUGAA